UAAAAGUUCUGCAAAUAAUUUAUGAGCGGGGAUGAUAUGGAAUGACGUUCUGGCUCCGUUCCAUAUAUUUUACAGCUGAGCGCUCCAGGUGGAACCACUAUAAGCAGUACAUCAAAGGGCACAUGUUCAUAUUCUCGGCUGAAGUCAGCGUUACACUGAGGAGAGGAGAAUUUGUGGAGUGGCCCACCUGUGUGAUGUGACUACAUUAAAAAGCUGAGAGGAAGAAAAGCUCAUUAGAUAACACUAAGAAUAUCUGUCGCAGCCACAGCCCAUGCAGAACACUUCCUUUCCUUCCAUUGUUUAUAUUUCCCAGCCUCCACACCCCAUCAUGCAUUGCGUGUAUUGCGUCUUUCCGGCCCACUUCCUCAUGUUGCUGAUCACCUUCUGCUAUAAGGAAGUACGCUUCAGAACGUCAACAAAAUGAGAAACCAAAUCCUCCUAAAGAUCACGGCCAUCACUCUUUUAAACUUUGGAAAACCCUCAUAUUCCUGCAUUGCAAGAAACUAUUCUUGCAAAAACAUAAAGACUGCCGAAGGAUUCGAGUAUCGAUAUGAAUGCCCUGAGGAAAGUGAAGUUCAUGUCAGUUCACACGGGACUAGCCUUGUCAGUGCACUUCGGGACCACCUCGAUCCAGACCUUUCAGAGGAAGUGAUCAAAUUCAGCCGCACAUCGCUCUUCUCAAGGGACUGCUUGGAUAUCAAAGUAGAGUGUGUAUUUACAUCUGAAGGCCAUGAGGAAGACAAAUGUGUGGACAUUAAAGUUUCCCAGGAAACAACUGAGGAAACAACAGAGAGACCAACGGUGACAACAGAGGGGAAAAAGAACGCACCAAAUAAAACUUAUAUAUAUUGGAUUGCCAGUGGGAUUGCGACUAUUGUGAUUGUCGUCGCUAUGAUUGCUGGAAGGUUCUUCUGUUGGAAAAGGGGUCUGAGGAACGGACGAUGUGGAAGUGGUGGGAAUAAUGCAGAACAAGCUCUCUCCCUUCAACGUGUGCCUGAUCAACGUGACAACACAACAGCCCAAACCAUGAACACAACCUCUUCUCAUCGAGCUGUGAACGGGAGAGCCAACAACGGGAGGACCGCUGGCGACGCCGAAGCUGAAGAUCACGAGAGUGAAAGACGGUCGCUGCUGUGUGCUGAUGGAGCCACCAUCCAAACUUCUGACAUGACAGGUGAAGCCGGAGCCUCGAUGAACGAGUCCGGCUUCCACUCUGAACCACAGUCCAGCUGCUCUACUGAGCCGGAGUUUGACGUGGAGUCAACAAACAACAGUGAAGAUUUACAGGAGAUAAAGGUGUAUCAAUAAAAUAUCUAUUUUAUAAAUUUAUAAAUACCUUAAAGGACAAGUUAAAAGAUUAAUAUAAUAUAAUAUAAUAUAAUAUAAUAUAAUAUAAUAUAAUAUAAUAUAAUAUAAUAUAAUAUAAUAAAAUAUAAUAUAAUAUAUAUUAAUAUCAUAUAAUAGUAUGUGGAUUUUUUACUGGCAUAUUCUUUGGGAUUAAUUUAACUGAAUUGAAUUAGAAUAAUAUAAUCUCUGAAUGCAUCUAAAUGUUUUCAGGAUGUGAUGUAUUCAUUAAAACUUCCACUGAAGACAAAUCAGAGAACUGUAUGCCCGGGUAGGGCGUGCAGGACUGGUGAACAGUCCAGGCUGGGGCCUGUUUUAGUCAGCUGGCUUCCAGAUAACUAAGAUCCUAAAUUGCAUAAAGUGGUGUACAAUAUCAAGUGAUGAAAAGCUCAAAAUGCAACAAGGAAAAUUUCACUUUAGACCAGUGUUGCAUUUAUGUUGCUUUUCCACUACGUGACAUUUUGUAAAAGAUAAUUCCAGUCAAUACAGCACAUUUAUUUGUUUUGUUGCAUUUAAAGGCCUAUUUAUUAUCUUACCGUACAGAAAUGGCCCACAUUCCCAAGUGCUUCUUGAAAGAAGUUACUAUAGAUAUUGCUUAAAACAAAUGGUGUUACCAAAGAAUGGGUGAACCAGACAUACCAGAAAAAUCCACAUACUUAGCUGGGAGACAACUUAUAUCAUGUUUUUCAGAUGUUAGAGCAAAAGUCAUAUUGAAUAUAAUACAAGAGUGUUUCCUUGUUUUUUGUUUUCAAGUGGCAUUUGUGUCAUUAUUGUUUAUGUUGUUUUUGUCAAUCAACUGUAAAUAAACUGAUUAACUUGG